UAAAAGAAAGGAAGAUUAGGCAACUUGCCAAAAGCAAGACCUCUUCUCUGUUAUGUCUGUCUCCUCUUUACCGGAAUGGAAACAACUCCUGCUGGAGCGAAAGAGGAGGGAGGAGGAGGAGCGAGAGAAGAGAGAAAAAGAGGAGGAGGACAAACUCGCCAGCAUGCCUGCCUGGAAGCGAGGGAUCAUCCAGAGGAGGAGAAUGAAACAGGAGAGUUUCGGGGACAAGGAGAGGGAGGGCCCCCUCCAUGUCAAGGAGGGCAGGUCCCCCUCUGACCCUGCGAGUGACCUGGACAGCUCUACACUAGUGCAGCUGGGAAGUGAACCACCACUCAGCCCAGACAUCACAGGGCCUUGGCUGGAUGAAGAGGCUAAACCGCAGAGUCUGGUGUUAAAGGAGACCAUCAUCCCUGUCGGACAAAACUCAUUCAUUCGCACACAUGGCGGAUGGAGGAGGGGAAGAGAAGCAGAGAGGGCUGGGGAGAUGGGCCACGAGAAAGGGAAUGAGCAGGAAAUAGAAGUAGGGAGAGAGAGGCAAAAGGAGAAAGAAAGAGGCCACGUCAAAGGUCAUGAUGGAGAGUCUGGGAAGGGAAGAGAUAUAGAAAUACAAAUAGAGCGAUACAGGGACAGGAGUGGGGGCAGAGAAAGGGACAGGAGUGGGGGCAGAGAAAGGGACAGGAGUAGAGGCAGAGAAAGGGACAGGAGUGCCGGGAGAGAGACGAGCCGGGAUACUGUGAGAGACAGGGAAAGGGAUUGCCCGAGAGGGAGAAAAGAGGAGGAGAGGGAGGAGGGAGACUCAAAUUCUCCAACCGCCAAGUACUCCUAUCCACUAGUCCCAGGCCUUCGUACCAUCAGAGCAGACAACAUCAUCAUUAUUGAACAGGACAGAAAGGGAAGUGAUGAAAGGAGGGGUAGAAGGAGAGAGUCAGAGAGGGAGAGGGAGGUGAUGGAAGAGGAGCAGGAAAAUAGAGAUGUAAAGAUGGACCUCCAGGAGUUUCUGGCUGGUGGAGGGAGUGUCACAGAGAUCCGGGCAUCAGAAAUAUUGAUCAUUAAACCCUUAGCUGGCAAUGAGGACUCAAGAAGUGGAGGUCUCAAAGGGACAGGCAGGGAAGGAGACGGAGAAAGAGGUAGAGAUGCAAAGUGCAAUAAAGAUGGAGGGAAAGACUGUGAGAGGCAGCUGGAGAGAGAGGUGGCAUGGCUGAUGAUGAAAGAUAAAGAGAGGGAAAACUUGAGGGAGAAAGACCGACCACGGACACAAGUAGCUUCUUCAGAAAAAGAGGAUCGGAGAUAUGGUGACACAGAUGACAGUAUCCACAACGAGAGAGGAGUUAGGGUGAGUGAGCUGCUGAGUAAAUUUGGGGAGCACACAAAGAAAUUCAGAGAACAUCCAAAACCCCCAUCCCGGUCUAAAAGCUCAGAGUGUUUCAUCCGGCCUGGCAGGGGCAGAGAACCGUUUUGUCUGGAUGAUGGAGACAGGAGAGGGGAGGAGGAACAUGCAGGAUUCAGGGGUGUGCCCAAGCGGUCAUUCAGCUUCUCUGACCGCGUGAUAUGCACAAAGGAGAAUGGCAUGCAGGACGAGGGGAACCACGAUAGGAAGGUUGUGGAGAGGACAUGUUCAGACAGGAGGGUGGCAGCAAAGGGAGAUGUAGUGGAGGGGGAAUGGUCAGAGAGGGGAGGCAAGCAGGGGUGCUGGACCUGGCUUUCAGAUAAAGUGCCUGUGGGGAAGCAUAGAGAGGGAUGCAUAAAAGCAGACAGGACGGUAGGGGGACAGCACGAGAGACGGCCUGCUUUGGAAAGUAACGCCGGAAAAGAGAUUGACCGUUGGGUCGAGAGAGUAACAGGAGUGGAGUUAGAUUUUAGCAACAAGGGGACAGAGGGACUCACAGAGAAUAUGUAUGGGGAGGUAGGGUUUACAAUGGCCUCAGUUAGAAACACAGAGGCCUCGUUUGCCCGAAGAGUGCCCAUCAGACAGGAUGGUCGAGAGAGAGCAGUGGAAAAAGAGGUAGAGCAAAUGAGAGAAGAAAGCGAGAGAGGGUUGGACAAGGCGAGGAGCAAAGGGAGAGAGGGGGUGGGUGGAAGAGAGGCGGAACCUCAAGUGCGGGAGAGAAGGGAGUCAGACUUUAGGAGAGGAUCAGAGGUAAGGGACAUGAAGAGGGUAUCAGAGGUAAGGGACUGCACAAUUUCAGUUGAAACAACUCAGCAAAACUGUGUGAUCACCCUCUCCAUAGACAGAGCCAGUCCUCCUCAGUCUGUCGAUAGUCAUUACAACCACGUGUCAGCGUUUACAGAGUGCUCAUCAACCUUGCUCAGUACUGUGGCACAUAAAGGAACAGAUUGGCAUAGUAGUCAAGGAGCACCGGGACACCAUUCAACCCAGUCACCACUGUCACAGCACACAGAGGAUCUUAUCAACAAGAUAGAGAGAGUUGGGGGGACAGUGAAUGAACGUGACAAUCACAAAGGGACCCAAACAUUGAUGCAGGAUGGCAAAGGCGUGAUGAGGGAGGACACAGAGACUGAGAGAGGGAGCAAAGCUUAUAGGGAGCCAGGUGAGGUAAGCAAGGACACUAUACAUUCACCUGGCGCACACGUGCACAGUCAUGUUUACCCCAAAAAGUCAGUUCAUGAAGUGACCCCUAAGUGUCCUAAGUCUCCAAAGUGCUUUGCCUCAGUUGGAACCCCUCCAAUGCCACUUGAGAUACACAUACCAAGGACCGUGUUCUAUGGUGUGGGGGAGGCAAGCUUCCAAAGCGAAUACGACCAGAGCUGUGAAGGAGAGGGAGGAAAAGGUGUGGACAGUUGGAGGAUCGGCAAGCCCUUGUCUCACAUCGAAUCCUUGCGAGAGAAAAUCCAACAGAGAGAGAAGGAGAGGCUGAGGAACACGGAGGGAGUGGCAACGACGGGGGACGAUGGAGAUGCGACUGAGGGAACAGAAAAGGCUGGGACUAGAAGGACUAGAAAAGCUUCAAGUUCAGACUGGUGUGAGGAAGGAGAGAUGGGGAACGAAAUAGAGCGAGAGAGACAGAGACAGGAAGGCUCCCCACCGCAGACAACAUCCACUCAGUUUGACGUCACACAGGAAGUGAGCGUGUCAAAAGCCGUCUCCCAGCUUCCUGUUCCUCUCUCGUUCUCGCAAGCUGUCAAAGGAGAGAAAGAAACCAGAGGGAUCUCCAUCGCAGCCUGUGAAGUAGCCUUGUUCAGCUCUCACACAACUGAGAGAGGGGAAGAUCCAACCAAACAUGUACUAGCAGAGUUACGGUGCGACAGGGGUCGGCAGAGGAAACAGAACACCGGAGGCAGAGGAGAAGAAGGAGAGGAUAAACUCUCGGAGGAAGAGUACAGGCUGCAUUAUCUGCCUCCUUCACACUCUCCCGCGCCCUUAGACUCUCUCUCCCCCUCUCUGCUUCACCCUCCCUCUCUUGCUGAAAUGAGCCGGAUCUAUAACUUGAAAACGGUGGGGUCCAGGGCGGCGGUGUGCAUGAGUGACAGGACCGUGGAUAGGCCUAUCCCAUCACACACUCCUAAGGUACAGUCCGACAUAUCCGCAGAACAGCAGGAGCCAUGCAGUCCAGAGAGAUCAGUUGGGAGGCUGACACAGAAGCAGCUGUGGGGUGGUGGUGGGGCUCCUGGGAAUAAAGCCUCUUCCAGCGAUGAGAAGUCCGGACUUCAGACUGUACAGCGUCAGGUGGAACAGCUUCAGUUGCGAGAACAACAGGAAGUACAGAGACUAUCACAUGACGACAACGCAGCACAGUCGUCUUUUGGACAAAAUAUUAAUUUGAAAGAUAAAGAGUCUAAAGCUCAGCAAAGCCCUAGGAUAUCACACAACCAGCCUAAUAAGGAACCUCAGCAGAAGCAUCUGAGGCAAAAGGACCAGCAAACAAUCCUAAAUCCCAGAAAAUCUCACUCCAAUCUGCAACUGCACUCUGAAAGGCCUCCUCAACCCAAGCAGGCCCAGUCCAACCAACCCAAACAGGCCCGAUCCAUUACCAUCAACUCCAGAUCUGUCCUGACCCCCUCUCCUGAGAACUCAUUACACCCAGACCAGGGAGUACCAACCACCCCAUCAGCUUCCCCAUCCCAGUCCCCCUCCGUCUCUCCCUCCCCUUCCCCUUCUCCGGCCCAUUUCACCAUCAGAAGCCUCUCUGGAGGCCAGCAGGUCAAGAGGGGCACCACCAUCACCAUCAUCCCCAGGAAGCCUGUUGGAGGGGCAGCCGUGGAAGCUGUUUCAGUAUCCUCUAGACCCCUGGCCAAUACGUCUGCCCAGUCCCAGAUGCCUGUCCUAACCGAUGAAGGAGAGAGAGGCAAGAAGAGGUACCCCACUGCGGAGGAGAUCGAAGUGAUCGGCGGGUAUCAGAACCUGGACAAGUCCUGCCUAGUUAAGACUUCCAAAGCAUCUCCCAAAGGGGUGAAGGUGUGCUUCGACGAGACCCAGCUGGAGCAGGUGUGUGAGUACCCAUCAGAGACCUCCAUGUUUGACUCCACCCACUCCCCCUUACUUGGUCAGGUGAAAGGGAGGGAGGAGGAGGUGAAGGAGGAAGACGAGGAGGAGAGAGGAGUGCUUGUGUCCAGGAGCAGCAGGAAUGUGGGGGCAGCGGUUGGCCUGAGAGUGCUGAGAGUGGCAGUAGCCCAGGUGAGAGCCCUCCCGAUCAUCAGCGUGAUGAGGUAGGCUAUCUUGGAGCGAUCCGAGGGGAAGGAGGAGGGCUGAAGCUUGAAGACGAGGAUACAUUGAGCUAGGAACGCCCGACAGGUGCUCGGCUCUCCAAUGAAGCAUUCCGGAAGAGGUAAGUAGGGCUCUCAAGAAGGUGGAGUGAUCAAUGAGACGGCGCUGCUUGUACUUCGCGGCUGAGCCGUUGUUGCUCCUAGACAUUUCCACUUCACAAUAAAAGCAUUCACAGUUGACCAGGGCAGCUGUAGCAGGGCAGAAAUUUGAAGAACUGACUUGUUGGAAAACGUGACUGUACCAUGUUGAAAGUCACUGAGCGCUUCAGUAAGGCCAUUCUACUGCCAAUAUUUGUCUAUGGAGAUUGCAUGGCUGUGUGCUCGAUUGUAUACACCUGACAGCAACGGGUGUUGCUAUAAUAGCCCGAAUCCACUCAUUUGAAGGUGUGUCCACAUACUUUUGUAUUUAUAGUGCAGCUGAAUACCUGUGCAAACCAUUGCAAAACAUUCUGCAACUAAGCCAAGUGUUUCUUAUUGGACAGGUCCAGGUUAGUCCCUCUCAGUUUUCGCCCGUCUGCAUCCGUUUGGUUUCUAGUGAAUACACCCCUCAGUCAUGAAAUGUGGUUGUCCAGUCUGAAAUGUGGUUGUCCAGUCAUGAAAUGUGGUUGUCCAGUCAUGAAAUGUGGUUGUCCAGUCUGAAAUGUGGUUGUCCAGUCUGAAAUGUGGUUGUCCAGUCUGAAAUGUGGUUGUCCAGUCUGAAAUGUGGUUGUCCAGUCGGAAUUGUGGUUAUCCAGUUUGAAAUGUGGUUGUCCAGUCUGAAAUUUGUCCAGUCUGAAAUGUGGUUGUCCAGUCUGAAAUGUGGUUGUCCAGUCUGAAAUGUGGUUGUCCAGUCAUGAAAUGUGGUUGUCCAGUCUGAAAUGUGGUUGUCCAGUCAUGAAAUGUGGUUGUCCAGUCUGAAAUGUGGUUGUCCAGUCUGAAAUGUGGUUGUCCAGUCAUGAAAUGUGGUUGUCCAGUCUGAAAUGUGGUUGUCCAGUCAUGAAAUGUGGUUGUCCAGUCUGAAAUGUGGUUGUCCAGUCUGAAAUGUGGUUGUCCAGUCUGAAAUGUGGUUGUCCAGUCUGAAUUGUGUCUCAUAACUCCUCUUUAUCUCUCUAUUUUACAGAUGAGUCUUGCCAUCGGUAGACAUCAGUCGGCUCGCCAAAUUGCUCAAGUUAUGUGGUUAAGAUUAGAUUUGAUCUUGCAAUAUGACUUUUGUUUUCCUGUAUUUUGUUUCUUUGAAACUAUUCAUUUAAUGUUUGUAAUCUUUUUUGAUGUACAAUAUUUUAUUUUACAUAGGAUCAGGGACUAUUGGUUUUGAAUAAAAUAAAACAACAGUUUUAUGUAGUUGUUGAGAUGAAUGUGUAACGAUGUGCGCUGAGAGUCGGGAAGCAAAUUCAGGGAGUGAGUGUUUUUAUAAUUAAACGCAAUAUAAUACAAACCACAAACAACGCAUAGACAGGGAACUGAAACAGAAACAAUGACACCUGGAAAAGGAACCAAAGGGAGUGACAUAUAUAGGGAAGGUAAUCAGGGAAGUGAUGGAGUCCAGGUGUGUCUGAUGAUGCGCAGGUGCGCCUAACGAUGGUGACACGUGUGCCCCAUAACGAGCAGCCUGGUGACCAAGAGGCUCGAGAGGUAGCACACGUGACAGAAUGGUGGAUGGAGCCUCAACUCCUCUAUUUCAGUGUAAAAGUGUAAAGACAAUAUGAAAACAUGGUACAUAUUGUAGCCAAUAAGUUUUACUAUAUACACUUGUUGUAUUUUUACUAUCAGUUGUGUACUUUUGGGUGAUGAUCACGUCUAUGCAAGUUAGUGGAUUACAAAUGUAUGGUAAAAAGGGUCCGGUCAGUUUAGUUUUAGUUAGCUUAGAUCAACAACACAAGGUCUCUACUGUAUAUAAACUCUGCAUCAGCACUGUAACGAUUCCCAGUGCAUUCCAAAUGACACCCUAUUCCCGACAGGGCUCUGGACAAAAGUAGUGCACCAUAAAGGGAUUAGAAUGUUAUUUUGGACACAUCCUCAAUGAUGCUUACCGUAUAUCAUCUGGUCCCUGUGCCUGCUGGAUUUGUUCAUACCGAUGACAUAAAGAACAGGUCAUCUACAAGUCCAAGGUGAAUUUUGAGCCUUGUGAACACCCCUCAUGUGUUGUUUCUGGUAAACCAUGGCUAUAUGUAACGUCAUGACAAUUCUCUUUUGUUCAAUUACUGUUUCUGUUUCAACCACAACAUGGAUGUCAGCUAGCCUUAAUGCACAUAAUUUAAAACACUGAUGAUACAUUAUGGAAUAAUCACCAAUACACAUUAUUAUAAUCUUUUUUUUUUUUUAGGUUUCACUGUUUGCCCUUUAGUGGAAUUAAUGUGGUCGAAUGAAAAAGAGUAGUAUAUCUACUGUAUCUAUACUAAUUUGACUGCAUAGUUUUGAAUGGAAAAGGUAUUAUGUUUGUGUCUCUGGUGUUAUCAUGUGAGAGACUACAUGGGGGAUGUGGGUGAAAACAUGAUCUAAGGGAUGUUUACAACAUUUAAUCCAUAGAAUGGUCCUUUGGAGGAGGGAUUGGUGACAUAUAUUUGGCAUUUGUAUCUAAAAGCAUAAUUGAGAAAUAAUUAAUCAAAGUUGGCAUAUUUAUGAAAUGUUGAUCUUACACAGGUCUCUUUUAAGACUCCAUUAUGUUUAUCUGUAGGUGCUACAAAGCAAACAUUGGUGGCAUAUGAAGCUUUACCGCUUGCUCUGUAAUAUGAGUAGUAUUUUGUUUUCAAUAACAAUUUUCUUGCAUUAAUUUAUGAAUACGGAAGAAUGAGUACAUUUUUUGAUUUAGCAAUUUUUUCUAUAUAUUGUUGAACAUAAUAUACUCUAUGGACAUAUCAAAGUUCUCUGUUGCUUUUAGUUAUUUUCCAAUUUGUAAGCAUUAAGAACAGAGUGAAUGUGAAAAUGUAAAUGUAAAAUUGAUUCAAAAUGGUUGCCCUCUGCUGGUGAUUUGCAGGAUGUACAAUAUGUUGAAAGAUUUGCCAAAUAUAUUUUUAUAUAUUCUAUAUUCUUGUUUGUGUUAUAUUCAUUAAUUCAUGUAAGAAAAUUGUUAUUGAAAUCAAAAUACCACUCAUGUUUCAAAGUAAGUGGAAAAGAGACACAGGUUUUUGUAGCACCUACAUAUGAAACAUGGCGUCUUAAAGGAGGCCUGGGUAAGGCCAAAAUGUAAUAACUAUGACAACUUCAAUGAAUUAUUUCUCAAUUCUGCUUUUAAAUACAAAUGUAAAAUAUAUUUCAACGAUCCUUCCUCCAAAGAAGCAUUCUAUGGAUUAAAUGUUGUGAAAUCUCCCAACUCAUGGUAUUAUGUCAUCCUGGUUUUGUGAGGAAUCACCGACAUCCCAAAUAAGGGCACAAACAUUAUAAUGGCUCCAUGGGAUGCUGUAAUCUCAAUAUUAGGUGCUCUUUUUUGAUGAGAAAUAAUCUAAAUAAAGAAUAUCAGAUUGAUGGAAUAUCUGAUUUAUGCUCCCACGUGUGCAAUUUUAAUACUACUUUUAUUCUGUUUUCUAUUGUGGUCGAAGAAGCUGGCUUCAUGAGAGAAAAACAUCAAAUAAAUUAUUUGAAACUAA